AGAACGCAGCAUAUAUUGAUACAUCUAAAUCAAACUAAUGAAACUUUUAAGCUCAGCACUGUUAGCGCUCUGCAUUUCUGGACAAGUAGCAUGCGCCAGCGUACGUGAGGCAGGUGAUGACCUGGCCGAGGUUGCUGACACUGCCGAUCUAGAUAUUGACCUUGUAUAUGAUGCCGAGGCUGAAGACCUCGAGAUUAGUCAACUAGAUGAUAUGGAUGAUGAAGAUGACGACAAUGAUAACGAUGAUUUCUCUGUCGAAGAUGAUGUGAUGGGUGUCGAUGAUGAUGACGAAGAUGAUGACGACGACGAGGAUGAGGUAGAAGAGAAAACACCUCUCCCCGGAGAAGAAGGAUAUGAAAUCCCCGAAAUGCCCACCACCAAGAUUACAAAAAUGCCAGAUUACGCAACUACAUGCGGCAAAGUCGAGAAUCGUGUGAAUUGUGGGAAGCACAGAGAUGGUGCAAUAAUCAAAGCCGAGAAGGAUUGCUGCAAAUUCGAUAACGAGUGCAAGGAUAGAAGCUUGCCCAAGUGCUCAAUUUCACACUGCUGUACGCAAGGUGAUGGCGAGACUGAUGAAGAGGCCGAACAAAUGCAGAUGGCAUGUGACUGUGAUGGUGCCGUUGUAAAUUCCAAAUGCUACGAUUCUGUAAAGGAGGCGAUGAAAAGUAGUAAUUAUGGCGAAACUGUAUACAUAGGAGGUGAGAAUUGGAUCGAUGCUCCUAUUUAUUUCCAAACUAAGAAGCUGUCGGUUAUUGGUGCCAAAUGCAACGGGGAGCGCGCAACUAUAUACGCCGAUUUUGACUCCAAAACUGAAGCGGCUUUUGAGUUCACAGGUUCUGAGCAGUUCGUUACCUUCCAAGACCUCGACAUUAAGGGUGUGGACGGCAAAACAGCUUCAGCAAUCAAGGGUAGAGGUGACGAGAACGACUCAAGUGACCAAUUAAUUGAUUUGACCCUGCGCAACGUACAUAUUACGGAUAUGACAUGCCAACGUGCUGGCUGCGGAGUCUUCCUUGGUGGGGCCAAAAAUCUAUACAUCGAUGAUGACAGUGUAUUCAAGCGACUGAUAAUGAGCACAAAAGAUAAUGAUUUGUACGCUGGUGGUGCGGCUGUCGCAGUAAUCUACUUGCCUCAGAAAAGUUCUCUCGAAAUUCGAGGAACAUACGAGGACAACAAAGCGAGUUAUCUUGGUGGAUCAAUUCAUAGUGGAGGAGGUGCGAUUUACCUAGAUUACAUGGAUGGCAAAGUUGCUAUCGACGCAAAGUUUAAGAAUAAUGUGGCCAAUCAAGGAGGUGCCAUCAACAUUCAAGGAGUUAGGAACGAGGCUGUGAUUGACGGUCUUUAUCUGUCUAAUAUUGCCGAGGACGGUGGUCUCGCCGCUCGUGCCGGUGCUGUCCGAAUUAUGGAGAUCACAGACAAUGGUUCAGUAACACUAAAGGGCGACUACAUUGGAAACAUUGCGCAAGGUCGUGGUGGUGUUAUAGCUACUAACAUUCAGCCGGAAGGCUCGAAACUUUUCAUGGAAGGAUUCUAUCACGCCAAUGCCGCCGCUACAUACGGAGGAGUUUGGAAUUUCUGGUCCGAGCAUACAAUUUUCAACGGCAAUGCCUUUCUUUACAAAGGUAGCCAGUUCGAAGACAAUUUGUCGGUGAAGGAUAACGGUACAUCGCAAAUUUUGUAUAUCGGCGGCAAUCCGCCAAAGAGAGAGAACUUCAUCCCUAAUCCCACUAAGAGAUACACUGAAGAGUCGUGGGUGAAAAAUGAAGGAAAUAGUGUGAUAUUCAAAGGCACUCCUACACAAGCCUUCGCCUUCCAAGGUGUUGGAAUACCCAGUCGUUACGUCAAGAGUGGUAUCAACGCAACAGAGCUAACAUAUUAUGCAAGCAGCUAUGCCAAGCACAUUCAGGACCUCGUAGAUUUAGGGUUGGAGGACCCUGUAAGCGAAGCAGACGUGUUGAAGACCUUGCAGAAAACAGCUGCUGAUCAAAGAUACGCCUACCGUGUAAUGAAGGCCGAUUGGAGAGAGGGUAACGCGACAAUCAGAGCUGAGGAACGAGCUGUUAACAGAACGAUUCGCGUUGAAGAGGCCUUCAAAAACCGAACAGCUACAGCAGAGGAAAGAUAUGACAACUACACAAUCAGAGCUGAUGUACGCCUUGAAGAAGGUAUCAAACUGGCCAAUGUUAAGCAUGACAAUGAGACUGCAAUCGCACUCGCCACAUUCGAAGCCGAUAAGAUUGAGGCCGAUCAGAGAUUCUCCAAUGACACGGCCGAUGCUUGGGCGAAGUACGAAAAUAGUACAGCAAUAGUAGAGACUGACGAACUCGAAAAAGAACUAGAACAAACAGCGAUCGAGAAGUUCAAUGCCUACGCUCUACUUCAAGAGGAGAUAUUCAAUUCUGCACAGGAUGUUAUCGACGAGAAGUAUGUACUUCGCUUGCAAGAGCACAAGGAUACACUGGAGGCCAAUUUACAGCUUGCUGAUGAAAAGCUUGAGGAAGAUUUGUCCAAGGCUGAGGACCGAUUCCUCAGUAUCGAACAAGCCGCCGAGUUUGCGUAUGACGAGAGUGCAGGAGCAGCUGAGGCCAAGCACGAAGAGACCGUAGCAGCAGCUAAGGAUAAAUACGAUACAGACAUAGAGGAGAUUGAGAGCAAGUACGCCUCUGACAUGGAGGCUGCCAAAGUCAAGUACGAUCUUGACGUGGAGAAGGCAUACACUUAUAGCGAUCCCACUAAAUCUCUUAAGAGUGCAGCUGAUCGACGAGAUGAUAAAUUCGAACAGGUAGAGAGCACAAGGGCGGAGAAGAUCGACCAGGCAACUGCUGAAAGGGAUGAAACGAUUGAGAAAGCAGACAGCCAGCUGGAAGAAAAACUUUCUUCCUACCAAGAGAAAAAAGACAGCUCAGGUCCCGCCGAGGAGAAGCGACGCACGGAGUCCAUCGCUAAGGCUAAGUCAUCGCACGCGGAGAAGAUACAAGUAUACCAGGAGCGAUACGAAGCUUCUUUGGCCGCAGACGAAGAUAAAAAACCUUUAGAUAUUGCCAAGAAAGAGGCGAGUAUGAUGACCAAUUUGGAGAACGCUGAAAUCCGAAAGGAGGAGGACAUGGCCAAGAUUGAUGCUAAGAAAACUGCUGUCUGGGAGAAGGCCGAGGAGCAGAAGAAGAUCGAUAUGGACCGUGCACAGGAACGGUUGGACGCAAAGCUGAUUUCUGUCGAGGAACGAUACAAAGAACGUAUUGCCGCCGCAGAUGAGCGCAAGAAGGUGCGUUUAGCUGCUGCAGCACAGCGCAAGGUGGAUGACCUAGCAAAGAGAGAUGCGCGAGCAAUUACUGACGAGGCCGAUAUGAUUUCGAGAAGAGAAGAAUCCACGAAGGCUGCUGAAUUGGCCAACCAAGCCGAUCUCGACCGUAUCCGAGAUGACAAGGUGGCGCAAAUGGCGAUUGCCGAAGAUGAGAAGAAGACUGUUUUGGCCGGAAAGCAAUAUGUUGAGCCUGUGGUGGUGGCUACACCUACGGCAACAGCAGCGUGAACUUCGCGUUUGUAGCAAACGAAGCACCGGUGCUACGUAUAAAGGCUCACUCAGUACGCCACCACUUGGAGAAAUAAUCGAAAAUAUAAAUAAUUAACGUACUGCUCACUCCCUCUGUAUUGUUCACUCCCUUUGUAUUGUAUUGGUUUCUCUUACUAAACAAAAUAAUCAAGUACACCACCACUCUGAGAAACAAUAUAUAGUGAUUGUCAGAAUAACCCAAAUUAAAAAA